UCCAUCGGCAGCUUGCGAUAAGCUCACAGGAAAGAUGGCGGCCGAUUCUGCGGCUGCAAGUGGACAUGGCGCUCGCAGCUCCAGCGCUGCGCUGGAAGCGUCUCUGGACCGAAAGUUUCAAGGAGUUUCCAAUACCAUGGAGUCGAUACAAAGCCUUUCGAAUUGGUGCAUUGAAAAUAAAAAGCACCAUGGACUCAUCGUUCGCUACUGGAUGAGGUGGCUCAAGAAAUCUGACAACAGUCAUCGUCUGAAUCUUUUCUACCUCGCCAACGACGUGAUUCAGAACUGCAAAAGAAAGAAUGCAAUCGUCUUUCGCGCAUCCUUUGGCGAGGUUCUUCCAAAUGCCGCUCAGCUCAUCAGAGAUCCAAAAGUUUGCAAGUCAGUUGAAAGAAUCUUUUCCAUCUGGGCUGAGAGGAGUGUCUACCCAGAAGAACUCAUCACUCAGCUAAAAAACAACCUGAACAAGAAGGACAAGGACCGAGAAAAGCUGAAGCAGAGGGAAAAGGAAAAGGAGAAAGAGCGGGAAAAGGAGAAGGAAAGACUGAGAGAAAAGGAGAAAGAUAAAAAGACUACUCCAUCCUCAAAUGUGUCAGCAAACAAUAAAGCAGCUCUCAAGUCGAAAAUUUUGGCCGAGUUCACACCCCUCUCAUUAAUUGAGCAGCUGGCUUCAUUUAAAAAAGCUGUUGCAGAAGAAGAGUACAGGGAGAAACAACUUGCAGCUUUGAGGGUUGACGUCUGCAGCACAGAGGCCCUAAAGAGACUCAAAGAUAAAGCUGGAGGGAAUAAGUUUGCGAAGGACUUCGAGGAAGGAAGUCUGAAGCUGCAGGAAUUUGUUUCAUUCUUAGACAAACAGUUACCCACAGGAGCACCUCUUCUUGAUUCUUUGGGCAAUGCUGACAUCUUCUAUGAAAUGCAGUACAAGGAGGUCAAGAUUGUUGCUAAUGCUUACAAUGCCUUUGCCAAUCGUGUGGCCAGUCUGAAAAGAAAGCUGGACUCCCUCAAAGAAACACUUCCUGGGCCUGAUGACUCCCCUAUCCCCUCCCCCUCUGAAGACGCCCCUUCUCCAACAGGGUCUGUUUCACCUUACUUAGGACCAGGAGAAAGCAGAGCUCAAGUGGAUCCAGAGCUGGAUGGCAAGGCCAUGGAUGAAGGAGAUUUGCCUCCUGACAAUCGAGAUAUUGAAGACAUGGAGGUGUCCGAUGAAGAGGAGUCUUCUUCCACUCUGAAAGGUGAAACCAAUAAGAAAACUGUUACAGCAGCAAGCGUGACUCCGUCCAAGUUGGAGAAGGUGUCACUGCCUCCAACAUCACCUGCCAAAGUGUCGAAGGCGACGGUUGUCCCUACUACUUCCCCUUUAACCCCGUCCACUGCUACAACUACUCAGAACACUGCUACCAACCCAGCACUAGGUGUCAAUCUGGCCAAGGUGGAUCUCGGAAAGAUCAGCUCAAUCCUGAGUUCACUCACAUCUGCCAUGAAGAGUACAGCUGCUCCGACAAAUAAACCCGCUCCUGGAACACCUGCUACACCAUCAUCACAGACACCAGCUGCAAAGCCGGCCCCUCCCUCCACUGCUUUGGCCAGCAUUUUGUCACGUGUUGACAUCACACCCGAAGGCAUACUAAGUGCUUUGUCUAAAACCAACACAACAGGGUUGUCUUCUCUCCUACAGAGUGUUGCAACAACCUCAGCUCCUCCUGUACGACCAUCAGCAGAAACUUUAACAACCACAACUGCAACCCCUCCGAAACCAAAGCCUUCUAUUGGACAGGGCAUCAAACAGGAAACACCGGGGAAAACCAAAAGCUGGGAAAAGGAUAAAAAGAGGUCCUUGUCACCAACUCCGCCCACCUCUUUAUCGGCUGUUACAACUGUUUCUCCACCCAGUUUAGAAUCUAAGAUCAACAGUUUCUUGCAAGGUAAUCCAGGUUUUAGUCUGGCUCUCGGGGAUCUCAGUCCAGAUGGUGUUGACGGGACCCCAGUAAGAGAUGAGGCUGCUGGCACACCCACCCAGGACGAAAUCAUGGACACCCCUGCAAGUGUUCCGGAGUCACUAGGGUCAGCUGUAGCUAACAACCUCUCACCCACAGCCUACUGCAGUGACCCUUGGGAUGCAGCAAUCUCCUCUUCUGGGGGUAAUGCCAGUGACUUUCAGAGCAGCACUUCCUCACGAUACGGAACUGUGAAGAAAAGCGGAACGAAAUUAGACGACAACUUGAAGAUUGAGCGAAAGAAGGGCUCAGAAGCCCCUCAAAACAAUGAGAUCUCUAAAGGUGUGAGAAAUGGACAGCAAAACCUGAAAUUCAAUCCCAUGGGAAAUGCAAGGGGCGAAAGGAGACACGGUUUAGGCCCAAGGAGUCUGGAUGAAGGAGGUUUCGGUGCCCAGCAAGACCGGAAUAGUGGUGCCCCCAUCCAGACUUUGGGCUAUUCCAACAGACAUGUCACAGGAGAGCCCAUCAAGACAGUGGAAAGCAUCCGUGUGAUUGGUCAAAGUUCACGACGUGGAGGAGGGUCUGUUGGACGGCCUGGAGUAUCCAUGUGGUACGAAGAGGAGGAAUACAUGGGGGCUGAGCCGCCCUCACCACACACUGCCCCCCCACCUCUAAACUCCCGAAGCGUAGAUGACAUGUCUCCAUCAAUGCCUCCUCCACCUCCAAAUCUCUUUGUGCCUCUUCCUCCCCCUCCCCCUCAUUCACUUCUUCCCCCCCUUUCUCCAUUUCAAAUGGCUUUCCACAUGGAUGGAAUCCAGAGUCCUCUGCCACACCUUCACCAGCCCCCCCCACCUGUUCCCCAUUUCUUCAGCGCCCCACCUCCUAUCCCACGCCCUCCUCCACCUCCCAGUCUGCUGGACCGCCCUUUAAACCGUCCACACCCUGGCAGAUUGGAAGAUGUGGAACAAGGGACAGUUGGACCCAGAGGAAAGAAAGUGGGCUCUACUUCACACAUACCGUCAUUGUUAGGCGAUCUGAGACUGCCUCGUCCUGGCACUGUCAAAGAGCACCUGGUGCGGCAUCACACACCCCCCAUCCACCGGCCCUGUCCUCCUGUUGUUCCCCCACCUCUACUAGGCAGAGUCAAAGAGCCUUCCAGUCGUCCGCUCCCAUCCCCUCCUCCCAAAACCUCUCCCUCAAGGCCAGACUCCCCAACGGUUGACCCUGGGCCUGUUCCCUCACCCAAUCAGUCCACCCCUCAGUCUUCACAGGAACCCUCUGCUAGUCCACCUGAUCAGUCUUUCCAAGCUCCCCACCCAGCUCCUCUCUUGCCAAAUCCCCCAUGUCCCAUCCUCCCUUAUCCACAGAGACCGAUGCAGCAAGGCCCUGGGCCUUCUCAUCAUUUUAACCAAGGUUUCCAGAGAGGUGGAUACCGUGGCAUCAAACGACGUGGUCCUCGAUAUUCAAGCGGUCCCUUCUAUCGGCAGAAGAGACCCUACAUACCACCGCACUUCUGAGGUGUACAUCAAUGGCAUGCUGAAUGAGAAGAGAAACCGCUCGAUACUACUGCAGUGUGCGUGUUAGCCUGGCUUCUAUAAGACUAGGUAUAUAUAUUUUUUGUUCAGUAGCUUGAUUCAAACAAGUUUGUAUAUAGUUGAGUGAACGUUCUUGCUUAGAAGGCAGUAAUUACACUUCAUAGUAUAACUCUGUGUUGUUACUUCACAUGAAAAUACAUUGUUCAGUCCAUCUUCACUGAUUGCGUUCUUAUCAGAGUUUUAAUAGCUUCAUUUAAAUAGUACAGAAAAUACCUGACCGUAACAGUUAAAUGCCUUGUGUGCUUUUUUUUAAGUUACAUUUCUUUAGUGAUGAAGCAGAAGUGUUUCUGAGAUACAGUAAAAUAUUCAUUCCCCCCCCCCCCACUUUAGUCUCUCUGCGUGUGCUGUGUGCGAGCGUUACACCUCUCAAGACAACUUGUUUUCAGCUAACAAUUUUUUCUUUUGCAGAUUCCUUGUUGUAAAAAAUGCUUUUCCUGCUUGAUCUUUCCCACUUUUUUGUCUUCGCCCACUGUAUAAUUCUGCACCUGUAAAUAUAAAUAUUGACUGAGUUGCUAUUUUCUCCUAAUACUGUUUUCUUGUUCUGAACAAGGGCAAGUCACUGUCUUCAAUCUGGAAGAUGCAUUGAUAUUGAUAUACUGAGGGCCUGUUUUAGCUUUAAUAAAGUCCACAGUUCCCACUAAGUGAGUGGGGUGGGUGGGACAGUAUGUUAUUCAGCUGAUUCACUUGGCAUUUUUCUUUCAUUACAUCAUUUUUUUUGGUUGAAAAGAAGCAUUUUUAAAUGAAACUGUCCUGAAAGAAGCAGGGCUACUGUAGAACAAUCUGUUUUCUGCACCUUAAAAAAUGUUCAAAAAGGUUCAUUAAUAUGUUCCACCCAUGAGUCUUCUGCUCAGAUUUGACUGAAGCACAUCUUGAUGGCAGCAACCACUCCCCAUUGAGUUUUUUUGUUUGUUUGUUUGUUUAGUUCCAUGAAUAACACAGCAAAGCAUGAUCAUUUUCUUUUUUCUGCGUGCCGCUUGAGUUGAUUCCGGCCUGUCAAUAUCCAACAUAUUAAUUUCAUCUUAACAGCUCUGUCUUUCUGCCCUGUCAACAAGUUGCACAUCUGUUUUUAUGAAACAUUGUUGGUUGUUUAUUUUGAGUGCCUUUACCUAAACUCUUCUCCGAUUCCUGUCACACCAGCUCAAGCAAUUUAUUAACCCGUGACUCAAUUCAUCAUCUUAUCUGCUCCAACAUGAGCCAUGGAACAAAGCUUGGUUCUUGUGUUUGAUUCAUAUCGGAGGUUUUACCCUGGUGCUUAUCAAGGAUGUAAAACAACCAGUCAUGGAGUCUCCAGUCUUUUGUGGUGUGAAUUGUCACGCACAUGUACUACCGCAGAUAUUUGUCACUUUUCAGUACUACUUCAAGCCAAAUGUCUAGAUGUUCUAUUUGCUGAGUGUGAGCAGUAAAUAUAGCACAAUUCUAGAUAGAAAUUCACCUAUGAUUUAAACCCUAAUCUGACCUCCACCUACUCCAUAAUAGACAUUCACUCACUAUCAAUAUUAUAUUCAGCAAAUUCUACCUUAAAUUUUGAGCAUGGAAUUGCUUUCAAAACCUGGUCCUACUUUUAGAUCCGCAUUUCUAAAUGCAUCCAAACAUGUUGGUUUGGUGUGAAGCCAUGACAGACACAUGAUCGACUUUCACUGCCAAAACUGCUGCCUUCUGUGAAUCCCCAUCUGCCAUGGUAACCAUGAUAUGUGGUCUAUGAUAAAUAAGGGGUUGUAAUUCAUCUCCUGAUUUAAAAAAGAAAAAGUGCCAGAGCUGGCUCCACUGCUAAAAUAUUUUGAUUCCAUUGCCAUAGCCCUGAUUUGGAUCCCACUAUUGGUGCUCGUUCAGAUGAGCCUGGUCCUGUGUUGGCAGUGGAGCCGGUCCAUUGCACUCAUAUUACUCCUCCGGUCAUGUGACAGUCAACGCCAUUGAAGUUUUCUUCUCGUGCCCGUCAAUGUGUCUUACCUGUGAAGGACACUGUUGCGGGUUCAGUGUCACAUGGGCCGCUUAUAAUAGCAACUGGGAUCAGCACCGCAAGACCGGCAGUCUUGGCAGUGCAAGUGGGACGUCCUCAGCACCAGACAAGAAGGGACCUAGGAAGGAGGGUGGUUUGGCUCCACCUAGUGUUCAUAGGUUGUAGAUCUCUAUACUUUCAUCUGGGGUGGACCAACGCAUUCACGCCCGGCUCUAAGUGUAAUUACACGCAAAACCACUGUUAAAACCGGUUUCAUUUGCGUCCCCCAAGUCUUGAUACACUGUCACAAUUUCAAUUUUAAGAAGUGCAACUCUUUUUUUUUUUUUACCCGAACGCCACGCUAUAAAAAUGCGAUGUGCGGUGCCCCUUUGUAAAGUGACCACAGUGAUAAAAACAGUUUGAUAACGUAAUUGAUUUUAUGACAGAGCUGAGGGAAACACGUUGUGUCUUCUUUAACGAGUUCAUCCACUAUAAUAUAAGGAAGGUGCAUGUGGCCCUAUCUGGCAGCUAACAUUUGAAAGCGGCUUAUUUGUUGAUCAAUUGUCUCUGCGUCUCUUAACAUGGUCGUACGUGUGUGUGUGUGUGGGUGCAUGAGCGCGCUCUCCGUUGGGAGCGCGUACGCAACGGAACGGCUGACGUCAGUGGUUGACGUCAUGGUCAUGUGUGUUUCCGGCGAUAUGGCGGAGUGUAGAGAUCGGGGUGCUCGUGAUGUGUUUCUGUGACAAGCGUGACGUUAGACUGCGGUGGCAAA